AUGAACACUUUCUACAUUAAAAGACACGUUGACUAUAACAUUCUGAAGCAGAAAAAGAGCAGUUUGGCCUCCUCCAAGAUUCAGCGCAUCUUCAAAGAGCAUCGUGAACAAGAUAGUGAAUUCAUGCAUGUUGAUAACCUGGUUCAUUUCUAUUUCACAGUUGAUACAGCUUAUUCCAAGCUGUACAGUGACUUUAUGAACAAGAAGGCGUUUGAAACUAGGAAUUUGGUUGAUUCCAAGACUGUUUUUGAAGAGUAUGAGGAAUUCAAUAAGGAUAUUGCAAGAGAGUUGUUGGUGACGACCACAUUGGGCAAAGACGACCUGGUUAUCGUACACGACCACGAUCUACUGCUCAUUGGGAAGUAUUUGCCGUGUAAAGUGGCAAUGAGAAAUGUCUGUUUCGACAGCUUCUUUCUUUACAGGGUGCCAUUCUACGAACAGGUUAUUGAAGCAAUGCAAUGCACCAAUGUCACUGUCUUCUUCAAGGAGGAAGACCACUACAAUGCAUUCAACAGGUUUCUUGAGACGUCCUAUGACUUCGAACAGAGUCAUAAUGGUGUAUUCAUUGAGAAAUACAUCAAUAAGAAGAAGAUGCUUGAAAUAAUUGAAGGAGUGAAGUGUAAGGAGAAUGAGAAGAACAGGGUUGUUUUGGAUACGAAAUAUCUGCUGGAUGCUGAGACACUGAUUGAGAGCGGAAACCAGAACGUGUUCUACCUGAUAAGAAUAGAAGUAGAUUUCAAUGAAGAAAUAGAUAGGUUAAUUCAAUACUACCAGAAGAGUUACAGAAAUUUGACAAUGAAGACAAUAAGCAACACUGAUCAGCUGAUAAAGGCAUUCAUGCAACAGAAUACAGUUUACGUUGGUACAGAAUACGACCAUUAUGCAAAACAAUUAGGCAUAAAGAUGCAUAAUUUAGAAUAUAAGCAUGAAUUACUGUCUAUGAAUGAUGAAUCCAUAACAAAGAGAAGUGGAUACGUUCUAAAUGAGUUAGAAUACGUCAAACUCUUCGGAUACUACAACAAAUGUACAUUUGAUAUUGAGAAUGAAGAAGAAAUGGAACAGAAACAAGGCAGGGCAGAAAUAAGGAUAAAAGAGGCAAUAAACGGCCAUGUGGAAUCAAAGGGAGACUUUGAGCAACUCAGAAAGAGCCAUAGCAAAGAAAUUGGCUCAACCUGUGCACGAAACCCAAAAGAAGCCAGAAAACUAACAGAUGGCAUAAUAGCAGAAAUGAGGGGAAUAAACAGAAUACUACUGGAUUACGAUGGAACAUUAAGAGAAAUAGAAAAGAAUCCAUUGGAUGCAGUACCAACAGAAGAAAUACUACAAAUCCUACAGGAAAACAGUGAUAGAAUCGUAUUAUGCACAGGUAGAAGCAGGGAGAUCUGUGAAAAGUGGUUUCCUAUUGGAAUACAGGUAUAUGCUGAACAUGGUGGACUAUUCAGAGAUAAAAGUGGCAAAUGGAAGGUAUCAGAACAUGCGAGAAGGAAGCUGACAGCCAAAGAAGUUGAAUCAUUGGAAAUGGAGAAUAGGAAUGAAUCAGUGAUUCAUGAUAACAUAGCUGAUAUUCUGAAAUAUUACGCAAAAAGAACACCAGGAUGCGUGUUAGAGAAGAAGGAGAUGGGAUACGCAUUUCACUACCGAAAUGUCGAUUUGCAAAGCACUCCAUUUGUCAUCAGACACCUUUUCAGGGACCUAGCAAAAGUACAGCGAAUCUACAACUUUCUUGUAACUAAGGCAAAAAUGAACAUGGAGGUGAAGAUGGCAAGCAAGAAGGAUGCAGUAGACGAAAUAGACCCAAUGGUGGUUGCUGGAGAUGACGUAACAGACGAAGACAUGUUCAUGGCAGCAAAUAGUGACUGCUAUACGAUAAAAGUGGGAAUGGGUAAAACAUGGGCAAAAUACCACGUGGAGGACACCAGCGAGCUACUGGAGAAGUUGCGGCUGAUUCUGGGACUGAAACAGUGA